AGCGUUGUCAUCAUAAUUAGACUAGUGAGUUGGUGAAGUUUUAGAUGAGAAUUCCAUCCAUUGCUGUCAGGAAUGGCUUCAGGGAAAGAUACUUGUCCUACUUUGCCUAAACUCACUAACAACUGCUCUGAUGAGAGUCUCUACAAAUCUGCUAAUAAGUAUGAAGAGAUUCAUUUGCCACGAUUUUCAUUAAAGCAAGGGAUGAUCCCAAGACGUUAUGUUAUGCCUUGGAAAGAAAACAUGAUAUUCAGGAAUGUGAAUCUGAAGCAAGCAGAAGUGUGUGGGAUCCACACUGGCCCUUUAGAAGACUCGCUGUUUUUGAAUCACAGUGAAAGGCUUUGCCAUGGGGAAGAUCGGAAAGCUGUCUUCCAAAAAGGCCAACCAGAAAUAAAAAUUGCAGAUAUGCCUUUGCAUUCGCCUCUCUCCAGAUACCAAAGCACUGUGAUUGCCCAUGGCUUCAGGAGGCGACUAGUCUGAUGAAAGAAGAAUAAAAUAAUAAAGUGUUUCAAUCCUU